CCGCGGCGCAGGGAGCCGGGCCGGUGCCAGGGCUGCCGCCCGGCCGGGCCGCAGCCCCUGCCGCCAUGGCCCGCGUCUCGGCGCUGCUCAGCCCCGUCCUGGUGCUCUUCGGCUGCGACCUCUGCCUCGUGCGAGCCAACAGGCCACCGUCCCCUGUCAACGUGACUGUGACACAGCUGAAGGCAAACUCUGCCACAGUCUCCUGGGACGUCCCAGAAGGAGAUGUGGUCAUCGGCUAUGCCAUCCUACAGCAGCGGCAGGACGGGCAGAUGCAGCGCUUCAUCCGGGAGGUGAACACCACCAACCGUGCCUGCGUGCUGUGGGACCUGGCAGAGGAUGCCGACUACAUCAUCCAGGUGCAGAGCAUCGGCCUGUAUGGGGAGAGCCAGGCCAGCAAGCGUGUCCACUUCCGCACCCUGAAGGAGACUGACCGCCUGCCUUCCAACAGCUCCAACCAAGGUGACAUCACCAUGGAAGGGCUGGACAAAGACCGGCAGCUGCAGACAGGCGAGAUUAUCAUCAUCGUGGCUGUGCUGCUCAUGUGGGCCGCGGUGAUUGCCCUGUUCUGCAGACAGUAUGACAUCAUCAAGGAUAACGACUCCAACAACAACAAAGAGAAGACGAAGCCAUCCUCAGAGCACAGCACACCUGAGCGACCGAGCGGAGGGCUGCUGCGGAGCAAGAAGAAAUCUCCCUCGGUCAAUAUCAUCGAGGUGUAAGUGCAGCACCAGCUCUGCGUCUGGGGUCCUGAGUGUCCUGCUAGAGCCAAAGCAGGCCUUGGAAGAAGAGGCAGCACCAGGCGCCCAGCCUGGAACUCAGCAUGCGAUGAUCCACGUAUCAGAACUCCCACUUUCCCGAGGGCACCUGUCCGGGGAUGUGCCUGGAGCUGGCUCCCAGUCGUGCAUGCAGAGUGUGGCCCUGCCCAUCCCGCACCCUGGCCCCGCUCCCUUGCCGCUGCGGAGCACGGAGCUGAGAGCGGGUGGGGGUCCACACCACCGGCUGGGGGGGAGCUGAGGGGAGCCGAGGGGGCAGUGCACUGGCCUGAGGGUGGCCACGUCCCUGGGCACCGGCUUGGUCAAAGCCCUGGGUGCAGCCGUGGCACUGGACGCCUGCCUGGUGUCAGCCCGGGACAGACUUUGCUCUCAGCUGCCUGUCUGGGCUUGGGGGGCUGCCUGUGGAGGACGGGAGUUGCUCCCCUCUGGGCCCUGAGGCUGAGGGGAUGGGGCAGUGCAGGCAUUGCCCCAGUGCUACCAGGGGAGCUGUGGCCAGGUGGCAGGAGUGUUUGUCUGUGGGGCUGGGCCCAGCCAGCACAGGGGAAGAAGAGUGGAUUGCUGCUGGAGAACAGGGCUCCACUGCACUCUGUCAUGGCCACACAGGGACUUCGAGGCCUCUCUCUACUACAGAGGACAAAGACACAAAUGAGGAUGAGAAGUGAGUACUGGCACAGUGCCUGGGCAGGGAUUGCUAGUGAGAGCCCCACAGAGCUGGGAGAGUGGGCAGUGCCAGGGCAUGGCUGUGGCUGCACCGUGUCUGUAGUAGGGCUCAAAUUCAGGCUAUUUGUGGGGAGCUGCUGAGCACUCUGUGAGCACAAUGCCUGUGCUGCCUGGAGGAGGCAAUGUGGUGAGGCCUGCAAGGUCUCAGUUGGAGGGAACAGGAUGAUACAAGGAGGCUCUCUGCUGCCCUGGCUGCUGCUCUCCCUCCGUGCUCUGCUCUGCAGCCUGCCAUGUGCUGGCCCUGCAGCCCUGGACUCAAGCAUCACAGGAUCCAGCGUCUUCCAGGAAUAAACCUCCCAAUAAAAGCACUUUCAGGACUCUUCCUUCCAGGUGCUGCUCAGCUCCUGCUGCAGGACUAGGUGGGGAAGGGAUGGGAUAAGUGACUCCUGUGGCAGGGUCUUUUCAAUAAAAGCAUCCUGGCUCAAAGGCA